AGAACAAGUACAAAUGCAGCAUGUGCAAAUCCUAUGAGAAAGUCAGAAUGAAACUGAUGUUAUUGGAGGCUCCUAAUGUGCUUACUGUUUCAUUGAAGAGAUUUCAUUGUGUUAAAUUUGGGAAGCUGAACAAAUCGGUUGAGUUCCCAGAGAUUUUAGACAUGGAUCCAUAUGUUAGUGGGUCAAGUGAUAAGUCGCCAGUUUACAGGCUUUAUGGGGUGGUGGUUCAUGUAGAUACAAUGAAUGAUGCCUUUUCUGGUCAUUAUGUUUGCUAUGUUAAGAAUCAUCACAAUCAAUGGUUCAAAUUUAACGACACCAUGGUGAACGAGGUGGAUCUUCAACAUGUAUUAACAAAAGGCGCAUACAUGCUCUUUUAUGCAAGAUGCUCCCCACGGACACCACGAUCAAUACGCAGCUCAAUAAUCCAGCAUCAAGAUGCACGAAAACACAAAACAUUUGUUCACUCCACUGAACCUUGGCAGGCUUGCAAUUACCAGCCGACUUCUUAUCUUGGUUACCGAUACCGGAGUCUGGAGUAGGAAUCUUCCUCCUCCAGUGACAACUCGGGGUUCUUCUCAGACUCAUGUUCUUGCAGCACAGAUAACAGCACCCAAAAGGA